GCUGGCGAAAGAUUCCGGAUCUUCACACCCUUCAACCUCUCCAUGAACACUACCUGAUCAUUUGAUGAAUUCACUUCGACGAAAAAAAAAAUCUGUUGAGUGUUGAGAGAUCGAACCAGUUUGAAUGAUUUGAACCAAGUUCAGUCUGGGUUUCUCUUCGUUUUUUGUGUGACAACAUUCGAUCCGUGCGUCAUUUGGGCGUUGAAACAGUUGUAGAAGUACAUGAGAUGUUUCAUGCGUCGGAGCGUGGUUAGCUCUCAGACAAAUGAGCAUCAGCAGUAGUCUUGUCCUCAACACGCUUCGCCUGAAGCACCCGAAGCUCGCCUUGCUCCAGGCAUGCUCUUCCUUCUCUCACCUCAAGAUCAUCCAUGGCUUCCUCAUCCGUACCCGCCUCAUCUCCGACGUUUUCGUCUCCAGUCGUCUCCUUGCUCUAUGCGUCGACUCCACUCUCAAAAGCUCUGACUUGCUGGAUUACGCGUACAGGGUGUUCACCCAGAUUCGACACCCUAAUAUUUUCAUCUUCAACGCACUCAUCCGCGGCUUCUCCUCUGGCGAAGACCCGUCUAGGGUUUUCGGCUUCUAUACGCAGAUGUUGGAAUCUGGUAUUUGUUCUGAUAACAUCACGUUUCCGUUUCUGGUUAAGGCGUGUGCUGAGUUGGGUUCUGUGAGAUUGGGAGGGCAAAUCCAUGCUCAUGUUGUUCAAUUCGGAUUCGAGAAUGAUGUUUAUGUUGAGAAUUCGCUUGUUCAUAUGUACGUUAAUUGUGGAUCGGUUUCUUCUGCUGAUAGGAUUUUCAAGCAAAUGCAGUUUCGUGACGUGGUCUCUUGGACCUCCAUGGUGGCUGGGUACUGCAAGCGCGGGGACAUUGACACUGCCCGGAAGAUGUUCGAUGAAAUGCCCGAGAGGAAUUUGGUUACUUGGAGUGUGAUGAUUAAUGGGUAUGUGAAGAACAACUGCUUCGUCAAAGCCAUUGAAUUGUUCGAAUCCAUGAAAAGGAAAGGGAUUCAGGCCAAUGAGACAGUAAUGGUGAGUGUGAUUUCCUCAUGUGCUCAUCUGGGUGGGCUUGAGCUCGGAGAGAAAGCUCAUGAUUAUGUGGUGAAGAACAACCUGACUGUAAAUGUAAUUCUCGGGACAGCUCUUGUGGAUAUGUAUGCGAGGUGCGGGAACAUAGAGAAAGCGAUUAGGGUUUUCGAGGAAUUGCCCGAGAAAGACAGCUUGAGCUGGACAUCUAUCAUCUCAGGGCUUGCAAUGUAUGGACAUGGCAAUGAGGCAAUUCAUUACUUCUCUGAAAUGGUUAGACUCGGGUUUACUCCGAGGGAUAUCACGUUCACGGCUGUUCUGUCAGCUUGUAGCCAUGGGGGAUUAGUUGACAGAGGUUUGGAGAUAUACGAAAGCAUGAAACGGGAUCACGGGAUCGAGCCCAGGCUCGAGCAUUAUGGUUGCAUCGUCGAUAUGUUGAGCCGAGCUGGGAGAUUAGUCGAGGCCGAGAACUUUAUCCUCGAAAUGCCGGUGAAACCUAAUGCCCCGAUCUUAGGAGCCUUGCUUGGUGCAUGCCGAAUUCAUCAGAAUGCAGAAGUUGCGGAGAGAGUGGGAAACAUGUUGAUAGAGCUGAAGCCAGAGCACAGUGGCUACUACGUUCUGCUAUCGAAUAUAUAUGCACGGGCGAAGAAGUGGGAAAAUGUCGAGAAUUUGCGGGAGACGAUGAAGGAGAAGCGAGUUAAGAAACCGCCCGGGUGGAGCUUAAUCGAGAUUGACGGGAAGAUAAACAAGUUCUCCAUGGGAGACGAUAUGCAUCCGGAAAUGGAGGACAUCAAGAGGGAGUGGGAAGAGAUUCUGCGAAAGAUCAGACCGGUAGGGUACAAAGGAAAUACGGAUGAUGCGUUUUUCGACAUAGACGAGGAGGAGAAGGAAAGCGUUCUUCACAUGCACAGCGAGAAACUCGCCAUUGCGUACGGUAUCAUGAAGACCGGACCCGAUGCCGCGAUACGGAUAGUAAAGAACUUGCGGGUAUGCGAGGACUGCCACACGGCUACGAAACUGAUCUCGAAGGUUUACGGUCGAGAGUUCAUCGUCAGAGAUCGGAACAGAUUCCAUCGUUUUAGGAAUGGGAUCUGCUCCUGCGGAGAUUACUGGUGAAAUUCUCUGAUAGAUUACGAUCACAGCCCCUUAGCAAAUGGUUCCAGAAACAUUUAGGGUUUCUCUCUUGUUGUUUUGAUUCGUUAAUGUAAAAACUGAAUAAAUAUAUCUAAAUUUUUAAAAAAAAAUGAAUAUGAAAAUAAAUUAAACCGAAAUAUUCGCA